CGAACAAACCACAGCCGCACAUGCGAUUGUUUUGUUCGAAGUCGUCUCCCGAUAUCUCAUCUGGCUCUCCUCGCCCCGAGCGGUAGAGGGGUCGCACACCAUCCCGGUCAGGGGAGGUGAUCGCCAUAAUGAUACUCGAUGAAGGAGACCUGCCCCAUAAAGGGUUUGGGUCAUUCAAUGGUUGCUGCUGCCACAAUUGUUUGUGCGCAAAGGCGACGGCAGUGUCGUGGUGCUGGAGGGGAAAGAAAGGUGCCAGUGCGACCGACGGACGGAGGUAUGGGAGAUCGCAAAGCAAAAGAACGACGACGUACGAACGUACCUGUCUUGUUUGCCGUCGGUCGUAUGGGCGCACGCUGGGCUGGCACGUUAAUUACUUUUCGGUCAAAAUCGAAUACUGGAUCAGGAUCUCGACCUCGAAUCGAAUUGCUUGUGCUGCUUUGCUGUCGCCGUGCAGGGAUGAAUUGGUUGCUCUCGGGUCUGUCUCGACGCGUUUCAAUGCAAAAAUCCAAAGGGCACCAGAAGAGGUUAAUGGAUUUCUGUUUCGAGAGGAAGUCGCCUUUUAAGAACCCUUCAGGGCAAGCUCGGAUGGGGGGCGCUAAAAUGAGUAAGCGUAAGGAACAACGAUACGCCGAUACCGGCACGUGAUAAUGGCUGCAGAUAGACCAGGAUGCGGUGGAGAGUGGGGCUGCGGCGGCCGCGAGUGCCGGAGUAUUUAAUACUUCUGGACAGAGGUGUCGAGGUCCAAGUUGAAAAAGAUUGAGCGAAUUCCAGUUCAGAAGCUUGAAACUAAAUCCGAUCUGAUAAGUGAGUCUGAUAGGUGAGCUAUUUAUGCUUGCCCUUCUCGAUGUUUUCGUCUUGGCUUGUUCAGUCGAGUGAAUAAUGGAAUGAAGGCCUGGUAGGGCUGUGUUCCUGACCGG